UGAUAGAUAGAAGAUUAUCAGUUAUUUAAAAUACUUUUCAAUACGAUUAAAUAAUUUGUUUUUCGGGGCAGCAUGAAAAAACACUUUUAUAAGAUGAAUGAAACAUUUCCAACAUUAUUGUCUUGCAUGCCAUUAAAGACACAAUUUAAAAGUUUUCAGCAGAUCGACGUAAGUUCAGAAGAAUUCACCAUCGGUAGAGGGCUCCAUAAUGCAUUGAUUAUACCAUUCUUGGAUAUAUCAAUAAAUCACUGUAAAUUCAUACAAAAUAAUAAAAACUGGAUUGUGGAAGACUAUAGCACGUUCGGAAUUUUUAUAAACGGAGUUAAAUUAGGAAAAGGAAAAAGAAAACAAAUAAGUCAUGGUGAUAUAAUACAACUGGAUAAAUCUAGUGAAUUUGUAUACCAAUUUGUAAAUGAAGAUUCAGAAUUGAUGCCCCCUUCUGCUAAACGCAUCAAACUACAGUGCCCAGAAAAAGUCCGAAGUCAGUUGCUAAGUAUUGAAAAUGAUGGGGUCAAACUUGUACAAAACGCAACUCCAGAUGAAAAUAGUGAAACCACUACAAGGCAAAUAUUAACAGAAGUUGGAGAAAUUAUGGAGACUGAACUGCAGUGCAGUAUUUGUGCAGAGCUGUUUGUGUCUGCAACCACUCUUAACUGCUCGCAUACAUUCUGCAAAUACUGCAUUGAAAAGUGGAAGCAGAAAAGGAAACAAUGUCCAAUAUGCAGGUCAAUCAUAACUUCAGAAUGUAGAAGUUUGGUGUUGGAUUCCUUUAUAGAAAAAAUGGUGCAAAAUCUUACAGAGGAAAUUAAGCAGAAGAGAAGGAAAAUGCUUCAAAGUCGUGAAGUCGAAGUGAAUAUGAAAGAACCGAAGACAAAAAGGAAUACGAGGGUUCGGAGGGGUUCGAGAAACAGAAGGACCAGGUGUCCUCCGGUCCGGGUUCAACGUCGUCCGCCAGCGCUUGAUCAAUAACAUCCUGGCCAUAACGAGAGAUCAAAUAACAUAAACUACAUAUAUCUAUAAAUGGCUAGGUUGUACUAAGAGUAUUAGGGGUACAUAAAAAAAUCACUUUACUCGAUUCAGAGAACAAAAUUUAUAAUAACGUAUACCUAUUCCAGUUUUCAUACAUAAGUAACAUUAAAAAAAUUAAGCCCUCAGUAAUUGUGUGAAAGACUUGCGUAUAAACGUGUGUGUGAAUUGUAAUUUCAAUGUUAUCUAGGAUUUGUGAUAAGACCUUAAAAGUAGAUAUAGCUGAUCUUAUGGUUGUUACUGCUUAUAUACGAAAAGUUUGUAUAUAGAGGAAUAACUCCUCUAAGAUAAUUGAUCUCAGGUUUAUUUUUAUUAUUAAUACAGCGAUCGGCUUACUACCUACCGCCUUUCCGACUAGACUUGUAUAUUUAAAAAACGGAAUUUUGGAUGACUGGAUU